AUACAAUUGUUUGAUUAGAAAAGAUGUUAUCGGUUGGGGAUGUUCAAUAGAAGUAAUAUCCGAAAGGGGAGGGGCCAGGGGUAGGCUGUUUCUUUCCUGUUGAGUAGGAUGAUAGAUAAGUAUAAGACCCUCUUGGAAGAAGAAUGCGAUCACAUUGAAAAAUAAAUAACUCAUUGUGUUGCCCUGCGCCGCUCGAACCUGACAGAGACGCUCUCCAAAAUGCAGCAACAUCUUAUCCUAUCUAUUUUUCUGGCAUUCUUUUUAAAAAUCUGCACCGGUGCAGAUUGGUGCUACCAGUCCCAACAUACCUGUGACACCCCUUGUAAUGGACCUGAGAAGUGGGAUCAUGUUAACAGAGUCUGUGCCGGCGAUAACCAAUCCCCCAUCAACAUCGUCCACAGGAAGACCGUACCAGACAAACGCCUCACACCCUUCCAGUUUAAACAGUACCAGGAUUCCUUCCAAGGCCCGAUCAAAAACAAUGGACACUCUGUGCAGGUGAACGUGCCUCACGAUGCCUAUGUGAUUGGUGGAGACCUGGAGACGCCUUAUAAAGCAGUGCAGUUCCACCUGCACUGGGGCGGGAACGGAGGACCAGGGUCAGAACACACCAUCGACGGAGAGCAGUACCCCAUGGAGCUGCAUAUUGUUCACAUGAAACAGCAGCACUCAAACUUGGGAGAUGCCUUGAAAGAUCCAUCCGGAGUUGCAGUCCUGGGAUUUUUCUACGAGGAAUCUCUCAGUGAAAACCGAAAAUAUGACCCCAUUGUAAAAGCUCUCCAGAGCAUCAAGACGACUCAUGCUCAAGCCACUCUGAGUGCUGUGUCUCUGGAGCAGCUGAUUCCUCCCCAGCAGAACCUGACCAACUACUACCGUUACAAAGGCUCCCUCACCACCCCCAACUGCACUGAGUCUGUGGUCUGGACCGUGUUUGAGAAGCCCAUUCCUCUCAGCAAAAACCAGCUGCGUAAGUUUUCAGAACUCCAGUUUAAGGACGGCAAGGCCAUGGUGGAUACCUUCCGGCCGGUGCAGCCCUUGAACCGCCGCGUAGUGUACCGGUCUGGAGGCGCAGUGGCACUGGCUAGCGCCGCGCUCCUCGUGGCUUCCGUCGCCAUGGCGAUGGGACUGUCACAGCCCAACUAGAGGAAGGCCGAGCGAGCCGCACCACCACCACCACCACCAGCAUGAACACCAUGAGUUCUCAGAACCAACCGCCAAAAUCAACGAACUAAACUAAACUACUGCAUCAAUCAACCAACAUCCAUGCCCUAAACUCUCAGCCUGAAAACCAACAUGCCCCAGACCCCUUAAUUCCUUCUCAAACUUUAGUAUUAGAGCUCUCGAGUUCACAAGUUCUACAGUUCAUAAGUUCAACAUCCCUCCCUGUUCAAUGUCGGGUCAAUUUAGAGUCCUCAGUCUAAAGUUACAAUACAAAAUGUGAGGACACCUCUGCUCUGUGUUCAGGUGGUCGGCCUGCUGCUAUAGGCUAAACAUAGAGGCCUAUACAUCCAUGACCUGAUUGGCACUGGACUGGCAAGUGAUCAUGUUCUUGAAUGGAACGUGUGGAUGGUGGCUAGUCACUAUUAAUAGCUAGCAGUCAUAAAUACUUUCCAGUCUCCAGAUUAAAACCGAGGAGAGGAGAGAAAUGCCAUGGCCUGAUCUUUCCCUCUGCGUUGCCAAGUCCAUGAACUCCCGUUAUCACAACCACCGUCACCGGUUAGGUGAGCAUUCUAUUGCCACCCACCACGGGCCCCGGGGCAACAUUAUCUAAGGGGUAAGGAGGACAGAGGUCCCCAUAGCAACACAUGAAUCACUCACCCAGGGCCCAGGGGUAACUAAAAGAUAUGUGAAUCACUCACCCAGGGCCCAGGGGUAACUAAAAGAUAUGUGAAUCACUCACCCAGGGCCCAGGGGUAACUACAAGAUACGUGAAUCAUUCACCCAGGGCCCAGGGGGUAACUAAAAGAUAUGUGAAUCACUCACCCAGGGCCCAGGGGUAACUACAAGAUACGUGAAUCAUUCACCCAGGGCCCAGGGGGUAACUAAAAGAUACGUGAAUCAUUCACCCAGGGCCCAGGGGUAACUACAAGAUACGUGAAUCAUUCACCCAGGGCCCAGGGGUAACUAAAAGAUACGUGAAUCACUCACCCAGGGCCCAGGGGUAACUAAAAGAUAUGUGAAUCACUCACCCAGUGCCCAGGGGUAACUAAAGGAUAUGUGAAUCACUCACCCAGGGCCCAGGGGUAACUAAAAGAUAUGUGAAUCACUCACCCAGGGCCCAGGGGUAACUAAAGAUAUGUGAAUCAUUCACCCAGGGCCCAGGGGUAACUACAAGAUACGUGAAUCACUCACCCAGGGCCCAGGGGGUAACUACAAGAUACGUGAAUCACUCACCCAGGGCCCAGGGGGUAACUAAAAGAUACGUGAAUCACUCACCCAGGGCCCAGGGGUAACUAAAAGAUAUGUGAAUCACUCACCCAGGGCCCAGGGGGUAACUACAAGAUACGUGAAUCACUCACCCAGGGCCCAGGGGUAACUAAAAGAUACGUGAAUCACUCACCCAGGGCCCAGGGGUAACUAAAAGAUAUGUGAAUCACUCACCCAGGGCCCAGGGGUAACUAAAAGAUAUGUGAAUCACUCACCCAGUGCCCAGGGGUAACUAAAAGAUACGUGAAUCACUCACCCAGGGCCCAGGGGUAACUAAAAGACACAGGCUGACCCACGUGAAUCACUCACCCAGGGCCCAGGGGUAACUACAAGAUACGUGAAUCACUCACCCAGGGCCCAGGGGUAACUAAAAGAUAUGUGAAUCACUCACCCAGGGCCCAGGGGUAACUAAAAGACACAGGCUGACCCACGAGGAACACAACACACCAUAGUGAGUGUUAAAGUGUUUAAGAGGCUGGACUGUCCCUGUCCCGACUCCAUAUCCCUGUCCCUGUCCCGACUCCCUGUCCCUGUCCCGACUCCCUGUCCCUGUCUCUGUCCCGACUCCCUGUCCCGACUCCCGACUCCCUGUCACUGUCCCGACUCCCUGUCCCUUUCCCGACUCCCUGUCCCGACUCCCUGUCCCUGUCCCUGUCUCUGUCUCUGUCCCUGUCCCGACUCCCAAAUCCCCCCUAGUCACACAUGAGCUCCACCAGGAGGAAGAGGAGGUGGAGGAAGAUGAUGAUGAUGCGGAGUUGGAGUGAUGAGCUUUCCGGCUCCUUCCAAAACAUGCUCUGACAAUAGGUCAUGGGUCGAUUGACAGCGGCGAUUCUGAACACACAGAAGAAGACUAGAAGCUGAAAUGGGGAGUGGACACAGCGAAUAUUUAAAAUAACCAACUAAUUGAUUGAUAAAUAGACAGAUAGAUUAAUUGAUUGCUUGAUUGACAGAUUGAUUGAUACUUAUUUGACCAAUGUCAUUAUAGUUUUAUGACCAAUUAUCCAUAUCCAAAUGUUUAGCAUGGGAUCUGCAUGUUGUCUCUCUCUCUCUCUCUCUCAUGCUGUAACAGAGCAAGAGAACCAUAAGAGACUGUACACACUUUCUACCAAGCCACUUCCGAAACUGAAUACUUCUCCACCAGCUCGGCCAAUUAAACUGUCCCGUUUGAGAACACGUGACUUGUGUUCACGGCUUAUAUUGUGGGGUCUUGAAUGCACUGAAUGUUACCUACUGUGAAUUAUUUACUCCAAUAUGAUCAAGACAAGACUGACGUACAGAUUGAACUAGGAAUAUUAAAUAUAUACAUGUUCCGUUGUUUCAUAGCGCACCAAUGUUAUAUUACAUUUAUAUACUGUGUAAUGUGUACACGUAUUUUGUGUACUGUAUGUGUAUUGAUAUAUAUAUAUAUAUAAGGACAUACUGUUGAUGUUAUUUAUAUACAGCUUGGUGUUUUAAAAGUUUAUAUAUAAUGAUUGUUUCUGCCUUGGCUAAGGCUCCCUUGAAAAAAAGAGACUCUGGGUCUCUCAAUGGGCUUUUCCUGGUUAAAUAAAAGUUCAAUAAAUAAACAACUAUAUAUAUAUAUUUCAGAAAGAAAACCAAUCCCCCCCCCCCAAAAGGGGAAAUGGAUUACAUUAGCAAGUUGUUUCUGACCAAUUCAAAAAUAUGUUUACUCUUGAAAUGAGAUAUGUUCAAAAGUAUUGAACGGUUUAGUUUGUUUGGUUGUAAUGCUUGAAAAUGUUAUACGUGAUAUGGAGAAUGAGACCAGUUUUAAUAAACUACUGACAUGCCUUUUUUUUAA